GUCACCACGUCGCGGGAAGCUGGCAGGGUGUGUGUGAGUGUGUGUGUAUGUGUGUGUGGUUUGCUUUGUCAUUCGUGGCCCGGCUGACGCGGCCGGUAUGGCUGCGUGCUCGGCUGCCCGCAGAAGGGGCCGCGGCGGCGCUCCCGGGACGCCCUCUUACAUAAGGACGCGGCUGACUGAAGCACAUGUCAGCGCAAGGUCCCCACACGCAGCGCACCACGCCGUUCGGUUCUCACACGCCAGGCGGGAGCCCGCGGCGCCGCGCCACACGGUGUACGCCGACGUGGGCCUCCCCACGGCGAGACGCAGCCCAAUAACCGCGAAGCGUACCUUCGCAACAAGGCAUAAUAUAGGAUGUUAUAUUUAUAGGGCCUAUUUAUAAGCCUCUAUUUAACUCUUUUCUGAUAGGCCCGGCCACGCGUCUAGGCCUUAUCCUGAUUGGUGUGUCCUUCUGUCCUUCAAAAAGGCGGGCUUAAGGGUCCGUGUUGCCUCAGCGGGCACCGGGAUUGGCCGUGCGCGGCGCGGCGGCGCCUUCGAUUGGCUAUGCGGGCCGUCCGUCGCGGCAAAGGAGGCGGGGCGGGCGGCUGGCUGGUGCGGGGCGGGCGGGCCCCGGAAUUGUCAUUUCUUUGUUUCCGAAGGCGGAGGAGGCUCGGCGCCCCCCUCCUGGCCCCCUCCCCCCCGGUGCUGGCUCCAUGUCUGUGUGACCGGCCGCAGGGGUAGGAUUCAGGCCCGACGCGGGGCGGGCGGGCGACGGCGGCUGAGGUGAGAGGCGGCGGCGGCGGCGCGGCUCGGGCACCGGCCCCCCAGCGGGAGGAUGAAGCGGCGGAACGCCGACUGCAGUAAGCUCCGCCGCCCCCUGAAGCGGAACCGGAUCACCGAGGGUAUCUACGGCAGUACAUUUUUAUACCUGAAAUUCCUGGUAGUGUGGGCACUUGUCCUCCUUGCCGACUUUGUCCUGGAGUUCCGAUUUGAAUACCUGUGGCCGUUCUGGCUUUUCAUCAGAAGCGUCUAUGAUUCCUUCAGAUACCAAGGACUGGCCUUCUCAGUAUUUUUUGUUUGUGUAGCAUUCACUUCAAAUAUCAUAUGUCUCCUCUUCAUUCCCAUACAAUGGCUUUUUUUCGCUGCUAGCACAUAUGUAUGGGUCCAGUACGUAUGGCACACAGAAAGGGGAGUGUGUUUGCCUACAGUGUCACUCUGGAUCCUCUUUGUUUAUAUUGAAGCAGCAAUUAGAUUUAAAGAUCUGAAAAACUUUCAUGUAGACCUUUGUCGACCGUUUGCUGCUCACUGCAUUGGAUACCCUGUGGUGACUUUGGGCUUUGGCUUCAAAAGUUAUGUGAGCUACAAAAUGCGGUUAAGGAAGCAGAAGGAAGUUCAGAAGGAGAACGAGUUUUACAUGCAGCUUCUUCAGCAGGCCCUCCCUCCAGAGCAGCAAAUGUUGCAGAAGCAGGAGAAGGAGGCUGAGGAAGCAGCCAAGGGAUUGCCGGACAUGGAUUCCUCGAUCCUUAUACACCACAACGGAGGCAUCCCAGCCAACAAAAAACUGUCCACAACGUUGCCAGAGAUAGAAUAUCGAGAAAAAGGGAAAGAGAAGGACAAGGAUGCCAAGAAACACAACCUUGGAAUAAAUAACAACAACAUUCUACAACCUGUAGACUCUAAGAUACAAGAGAUUGAGUAUAUGGAAAACCAUAUCAAUAGUAAAAGAUUAAACAAUGAUCUUGUGGGAAGUACAGAAAAUCUCUUAAAAGAGGACUCAUGCACUGCUUCCUCAAAAAAUUACAAAAAUGCCAGUGGAGUUGUGAACUCCUCGCCUCGAAGUCACAGCGCUACAAAUGGAAGCAUUCCUUCCUCGUCUAGUAAAAACGAGAAGAAGCAGAAGUGCACCAGCAAGGGCCCGAGUGCACACAAGGACUUAAUGGAGAACUGUAUUCCUAACAACCAGCUGAGCAAACCAGACGCGCUGGUAAGUACCAAAACAGGUUUCCUGUGUUUGUUUGGUGUUGCAAGUGAGGUGAAACUGCCUUCUCAGGCAGCCCAGCUAAUUGUGAUGCUAAUUGCCUCCUGCUACCUGAUCUACCUUUGGUAUAGAAGAUUGAGGACCCAAAUGACCAGUGACCUAGGGCUGUGGUAUUUGUGCCCCUUGCCUGCUCCUGGGGACUGCUGCCUCCUGUUGUCACCAGUGUGGACUGUAUCUUCACCUGUAGGCACCCCCAGAGUGCCCUGCAGCCUGACCUGAGGACCGUUGAGAGAGCUUCUGUAGGCGGGUCCCGUCUCUGAAGAGCUAGGUGAGUGCUUCAGAGCUUUGGGCUGGCUAUCAGGUCAUUGUGACCUGUAACUGGUUACAACUAGACAGAAGUACACAGAAUUUAUGCCAGUGCUGGUCCCACCAGCCAGCCCACAGGGGCUGGGCAAGCAGGAAGUACAUUUGCUUCCUCGCUAAAAUUGAUGAGGUUGUAGCACUUGUAGGAAGAGUUCCUUAAUCCCUCAGAAGCCCUGGUAGGGCAGAGCAGGCUUAGCUCUGAGAGAUGGGAGUCCAUGAUGGUAGGGAAGUACUGUCCUCUACCCUUUGAUCCGACUGGAAUUUUGAAGGUUGUAACUAUUACCUAUAUUUGUAUCUUGUUUCUCUCUAUGACUUGCUUCUAGUUUAGGUAGCUAUUGGCAGUUAAAUUGAGUGUUGUGCAUACAUUUGAAGAUGUUGCGUUAACCUCUUAACACUAUUUAAUCAGAACUUCUUUCUUCUCAUUAAUACAUUAUACAUGUGUAUUUUACCUAGAGAAGUAUUGACCUUCAGCUCCAAGGGGGUUAAGUGUACCAUUAAGACAGGUAGUCAUAUCUGCUUACUAAAUGUCCCUAGCACCUGACUGUCUCAGUUCAGUUCAGCUUGCUAAUUCACAUAUUUCUCCUAAAAUUUCCAGCAUCCAUCAUUCUAUUAAGCAGAUACAACAAUUGAGCCACGUCUUAUAAAAUUAGAAAAUGGAGUGGCCAGGCAUAAUGAUAUACAUCAUCAAUCCCAGUACUUGGGAGACAGAGGCAGGCAGGUCUCUGUGAGUUCAAGUGCAGCCAGGAUUACAUAAUAAGACCCUAGCUAAAAAGAAGGGGAAGAGAGCCUGUGUAAGUAAAUUAUACAGUAAAUGUCCUUAUAUACUCCCCGUGUGUGUGUGUGUGUGUGUGUGUGUGUGUGUGUGUGUGUGUGUGUGCGCGCACGCGCGCGCACAUAUAUAUCACAUAUAUAUAAGGUAUGGCGUGUGAGGUAGAGGGCAACUUCUGGAAGUUGGUUCUCUCCUUUCAUGGUGUGGGUUAUAGAAUGCACCUUCAUCCACUGAGCAGUUGUUAGCACCAUACAGUAGAGCACCGUGCAGUAGUUUAAGGAAAGUGUCUGAGUAGGUGAAGGUGCAGCUGAUAUUCAGGCUGUAUGUGUGUUAACCCCCUUCAUGAUAAAUGUAUUACAUGCAUGGAAAGUGGGGAAAAGGCUCGUAGGGAAGAAGUACAUCAGAUGCAAGCCGAGUAUGAUUUGAUUCAGCCUAAAUGAGAGGAGUGUGAGUUGUUUACACUUUGAAUUCUUUUGUUAGAUUUUUUUUUUUUUAAUGCUGAGUGCAUUUCUUGUUUUUGUUUGUUUGCUUGUUUGUUUUUCGAGACAGGGUUUCUCUGUAUAGCCCUGGCUGUCCUGGAACUCACUCUGUAGACCAGGCUGGCCUCGAACUCAGAAAUCCGCCUGCCUCUGCCUCCCAAGUGCUGGGAUUAAAGGUGUGCGCCACCACUGCCCGGCUGCAUUUUAUUCUUAUAGUAAAAAGUUAAACCCAGUGAGAGGUUAUAAAUCAUUUUACCACCUGUUUCAGUAAAAAUUUGAACUAUGUAGUAGGUCUUCAAAGUGACAGUUUCUUGCAGUAGCCCAUGGAGAUUGCUCACUGCGUUUUGACUUGUGCUUUUAAGUCGAGGUUUUGCUGCUCAGGCAGCUCAGACAGUCUUUAGUCUUUAGUAGAAGUUUCUUUGUCAGUAUUUGAAAUGCUUAGAUUAUGGAUUUCUUAGGUCACUGAGACUUUCUCUUAGCGUACUCAACUAAUGUCAUUAGGUAGUGAUCGUGAAGCCCAGGGUUUCUCAGGCAGGGACGCUGAUCUUAACUAUCACGCUUUGGAAAGCAGUAAUUAAGAGUUGGUGGAGCUAAUGACAGUAGUUAGGAAAAGACUGAAGCAUUUUUGUCCUAUUUUUUUAUGAGAAUAAAUUGUUUUGUAUUUUCAAAACAAACCAUUUCUCUGGAGGUAGAAGUGGGUGGAUCUCUGAGGCCAACCUGCUCUACAGUGCUUCAUCGUAAGCCUCUGUCUUGGGGUGAAGGGGGGCGGGGGUGAUGAGGUUUCCUGAGCUAGAAAUGUAGCUCAGUGGGAGAGUCUAGUAUUCAGGAAGCUCUGGAUUCAAGCAGUUUCCUACUGCAAUAUGCCAUAUCCACACUAAAGUAUACAGAUCUUGAAUGUGUACUUCUGAGCAUGUACACACUAGAGUAUAUAGAUCUUAGAUGUAUACUUCUGAAAAAGUAUCCUUUCUUUCUUAACAAAGGAAACAUAUUUUUGUAACUUCCCUCUUUUUGUUGUAUAGUACUGCUGGUUUGGCUUUGACAAUAUUCUCAUUGAAUUCCACUUCUAAAGAGCAUUUUGGGAGACCAGGGAGAUGGCUCAGAGGGAAAAGGCACUUGCUGCCAAGCCCAGUGACUUGAAGUAAUGGCUCUCACUCACUUACACUGUGGAAGGAGCGAGCAUACUCUCAGAACUUGUCCUCUGACCUUCACGUGCAUGCACGCAUGCAGAUGUGCACACUAACUAGAUAAGUGGAAAGAAACUUUUUAAAGCAUUGUGUUCUGUAUUUUACCAAAAUUAUGUUUGUAUCCUUUGUUCUCAAAACUCUUUAUAUUAUUGCAAAUUUCAAGAAAUCCCAAAACUUUACUUAGAGGAAAUAAUGUCUUUUGAAACAGUAUUUCUCUGUGUAACAGAGUUCUGGACAUCCUGGACUCCCUUUGUAAAGCAGACUGGCCUGAAACUCUGUCUCCCUGAAACUCUUGUGUCUCCUGACUGCUGGGAUUCACUGCAUACAUACCCUGAAGGCCAUUGUGUCAUAGAGACAUUUCACUUAACGUGAAAGACUGGAAGUCCGGCAGUAGUGGUGUGUGCCUUUAAUCCCAGCACUGAGGAGACAGAGGGAGGCAGAACUCUUUGAGUUCUGGGCCAAUCUGAUCUACAGAGGGAGUUCUAGGACAGCCAAGGCUACACAAAGAGAUCCUGUCUUAAAAAAACAAAACCAAGACCACCACCAACAACAACAAAACCAAAACAGAAGACUUUUAAAAUGAAAAAAAGUGAUAAGUACAAAAUUACUAAAAUGUAGCAUCUGAAAGAAGGGGCUUUUUUUCUUCAGUGGCAGUAAGCUGUGCUGUGGAACCAGAUUCCCCUAUCUACAUCUGGUACAACUUAAUUAAGCUGCUGCUCAGAGGUAAAUCAGCAGCUAUUUCUAAAUGUGUCAGGCCUCAAAAUCCUAGAAUAAGUGGGAAGAACCUUAGAGAUGGUCAGCCGCAGAUGAGGAAACUGCAAAGAUGUGUGCAGAGUUGGCCCUAGAGGCUUAGGACCCUGAUGACCGAGCCCUGUACAGACCAAAUGCCUCUGUCCUCACAGAGGAGCCUGCCCUUUCACUAAACACGCACUACUUCCUCUGAGAGGCUGGCCUCACAAGAGAUGUGAACAUGAGCAUGCACUUGUUAAUGGGACGAACCCUACGCAGCCUAUUUGUAGUGUAGCCCUUGGGUUACUUCAGGUGAAUGAAGGACAGCAUAGCUAUGAUCUAAAUGCUGAUCUUCAAGUACACUGAACUGAAAUGACCUUGGUGAUAGGGACAGUGUGGUGUGAUGUGGACCUGUGACUCUUCCCUAGGGAGUGAACCCUGGCAGGAGACCAAGCAGUGCCCCUGGAACUCAGUCUCUAGGCUGUGCUCUCACAAGGAAGGGAACACUGGUGAUAGCGCCUGCAGUAUGACUUUGGGGCUCGAGAGUCGUUUUAAAGUUGUCUAAUGGUAGUUAGGGGAAGAAAGUGUUCAGCUUUCUGUAAGAGACCAGGGAACAUUACUGAGUGAGUAUUGAUUUCUGCAGUAGGCCCUGAGGACUUUGCACAUAAUAAAACAUGUAUGAGCUUUAGUCUGUGGAUCUGACAGUCCAAAGGGAGAUCCCCAUUGUGCACCGGAAGCCGUGCUUCUGUCAGUGUGCUGGACUAGAGGCGCUGAGGAGUUUUCUCAGGUUGGGGUGGUAGUUGAGAGGUUAAGUGUGGCUUAGCAUGAGCAAGCCCUGGCAUGUCCUUAACACCGGGGAGGGAUGGGGUUUCUGCACACAGAACCCAAGCACUGAUGUUUGCUCAUCUGUCCAUUUGUGUCUUGUAGAAAAACUGUCUUCUCAGAGCUUCACUGUAGUGUACGUCCUGGGCCUGAUCUUCAGCUCGGCUAUCGAGGUCCAGCUGACUCUUUCCUACUGGUUCUAGUACAGUCUUUCUCAGGCACCAGACUGAGGGCUUGUCCAAGCACCAUGGCUGCUCGUGCCUCGGAGGUUUUAAGUGUGCCAACUCCAUUCGGAGCACUCCUCCUUCCCUGCUUCCCAUCCUCUGCACAGCCUGCCCCAGAUUGCUGGGCUGGGGAGGAGGAUGGAUGGAUCCUGGGGAUCCUGCCUGGCGAUCGUGGGCUGCAAGAUUUUCUUACUCUUAUUUCUUCAUCUGGGAAAAAUGGGAAUAAUCAUUGCAGUUGGCCCUUAGCUCUGCUGAUUAAAUUAGUUCACAUUGCUACGGACCUAUCGGGAGCAGUGCGUCCAGUCACUGAGGAGUGGCUGCUGCUAUUAUUCUUCCUAGUGUGUGUUUAAUUGUAGCCUUUCUUGUGUUACUAUCUAAUUAUUUUAGUCAUCCAGUCUUUGGCCCCUGUUGAAAUUAUAGAGCCUUCCUGUGAAGAAGAGAUUUGAUUUUGCCCUUUAGUUCCUUUUACUGCUUGCUUAUAUUUAGACCCCAAGUGCAUAUCUCUUAAGCUGGUGUUAUUAUGGGCUAGAUGGAGCAGGCAGUAAGGAAUGGCACAGUAAGGUAGGUUUUAGCUUACAGUUUUCUUAAUGUCCCUUUUCUUGAGCCUUGAUGAGCUCUUGUGCCAUACCAAAAGUGUGACUGUUACUUAGCAAGCAGUUUCUGGAAAUGGAUGGCGAUCUUGUAGCCCAUGAUGAGGGACAGUGCAGUCUGAUCUAGGAGAGUGUCAAAAAGAAGAGUCUCUGGCUGGGUUCUGAGUUUAUUGCUCUGGCAGGCUUUACUUGCUAAGGAAGUCAGCAGUGGGGAAGAGACUUGAAUGUUUAGCUCUCCUGUUUUUCCCUGCUCCUUUAUCCACUACUCAGGUAGACAUUGGGGACAA